AUGGAUUUGUCUCUAUUCUGCCAAAGCAAUCUUCUCUAUACACAGGAGUCACUGUCAAAAUACAAGCCAGGGGGAUAUCACCCAGUCAACCUUGGAGAUACUUUUGCAAACGAUCGUUACAAGAUACAUCACAAACUAGGAUGGGGGGGGGGGGGGGGGGGGGCUUUUCCACACCGAAAUCAAUGGGUGUCGUUGAAGAUCAUGACCGCAGAUUCGUCGGCAUCGCGAGAGGUGCAAAAUUUGAAAUUUCUAGAGAGGCAUUCUCAACAAGGGCUUUCUUCAAAUUACGUUGUUCAGCUGCUCGAUGCCUUUACUCACAAAGGCCCGAACGGGGUCCACCAAUGUCUUGUGUUUGAAUUACUUGGCCCUUCAGUUGACAAGGUCCUCUCAGACUAUCGUGGGAGCCAAGAUGAGCUCUGCCCAGGUAUCAUAGUCCGGAUGUCCACGCAAAUUUUAAAAGCUGUUAAGUUCAUUCACAGUGCCGGAAUGUGCCAUGGAGACAUUAGUGGCCGGAACAUAGCAUUUACUUGCACUCAUUUGUCGACACAAACCGAGGAGCAGCUUUUUGAUGUUCUUGGAUACCCGGAAAUUGAACCGCUGACCCGGAACGACGGCGCGCCUCUAGGAAAUGGAUUACCGACCCAAUUAGUUAAGGCAGCAGAAUGGGAUGACUGGAUAGACGAGGACGACGAAGAUAUUCGGCUACUUGAUUUUGGAGAGAGUUUCUUCCAAGGAAAGGAACCUGAAAAGCUAGCCCAGGCGAGUUCGUUGAGGGUACCGGAGACGAUUUUCACGGACUGCUUUGAUUAUCGCGUCGACUUAUGGCGCACAGGUUGUAUGAUUUAUUACUUCUUAUUCACGAUAUGGCCAUUUUGGUAUCUUGGCGAGGAUGAAGUUUACAUUUUCCAAAUGAUUGGCUUUGUGGAGAGGUUGCCGGCCGAAUGGGAGUCUCAGUGGAAAUCGAUGCUGAUGAAGUCUAGCCAUACUCUGGAGCUAGAAGAAGGCAAGCAAACUGAUAGACAAACAGAUCUAACGUCAAAGCUUGAACGGCAGUUUGCUGAGUUGGUGCCUGGCCCAAAACUCGAACCUUUACUUCACGCGACUCAAGGAUUGAUGCGAUUCUUACCGUCUAGUCGCCUCACUGCAGAGGAAGCACUUGAUUUGCUGGGCAACGCUCAAGAAUAA